GCGGCUGCGUCUGCAGCAAACGAAUCAAUAUUAUAGUGGAGGGACUUCGACUUGCAUUGAUUGAGUGUUGACUUUCUAUGCUGGUGUAGUCAUCAUCAAGUUUUUGUGAUCACGAAAAGUUUGAUUCGAUUUCUUGAAGUCCUUAGCUACAUAAAGUUGCUACAAUACUUUUUACGUUCUAGGCGUACUACUUUUACUUGUACUAGUUUAUCGCAGGCUUUAUUUUGUGGUAUGUGCUGCAUGAAAAUGAAACUCAUACAUCACCUUGGGGCGCUUCGCCCGCGCUUGUCUCGACACCUCGCGACGGCAAUCUAUCCUAUCCUAUCCUAUCCUAAACUCAUAAGUGCAAUGACAAAAAUGAAGUGUAAAAAAAUCAAAAUGUCGCGACGCAGUUUCUUCGUUUUCCUUCAGCUAGGGCUCGCCUUCACCGUGACACCCGUAGCAGCGUUUCUCAGCGGAGUAACACAAAUAUUCGGAUACCUCCAUGUUGACAACAGCGACGACUACAUCCUUUAUGGCUACAGCGAGAGAGCCGGAGGAGGACGUCACCAUGGACAUGGCCACGUCCGCUUGGAGAGUCUGUGGCAUUUUAAGGGUAGAGCUUAGGUGUUCCUGUUACCGUUGGUUUCGCCUUUCUUAGGGGGGAAAGACACGCACAUACUCACUCUUUUAUGGCACUAGAGGACAACACACGGUAAUCUAACACCAAGACCCUGCAACCUCUAAGCUAGGCGUGACGAAUGACUUCUUCUCGAGCGGGCGGCUAAGAGAGACGCGCCCUCAGUCAAUUUGUUAAGGCACCAAGCUGCUAGAACUAAAAGCCGUCCUUCGCAGCGAUUGAGUGUAGUUUGGUCUUUCAUCUGAAAAGGAUGCCUAAGAAGUUAUUCCAUGUUUUUUUAUUAUCGUUAUAGACUUUCUAUUUCUUGUCAAGAACGUUCUUCUUGAAUGAAAAUGUGCAUAAGUAGUACGUUUCAACACUUGGGGUUGUGCUGCAAACUUGUAGUAGCAGUAGUGGCUCUAAGCCAGGCGCACCCACACUCGAUCGACCGGAUAUCGCGAAACAACGACCACCUAUUAUAUCACCAUGGAUGCUGAGCUGGACCGGGACGUUGGGUAAUCGAGCUUAAAUCUUCUAUAUGCUCGGCUGAACUAGUUGUUUGUAGAACAAAUACCUUCAGGGUGUUUGUUGUUGCUUUUUCUAGCUACAACAUCGACAACGAACGAGCCAACAGAGCAAUUUUGCCUUUCGCCACCAGGGAAUACAAAUUGGUGGUUGUAAUAGAGUCCUUUCUUCAGAAAAUUUUCAUCAUCAUGUACUGACUGGCGCCUGUUACAUACUAGCCUUUCACAACUACAAAUGCCUCCUUUGAUAAUUUGCUCUCAUCUUGUGCUCUUAGCUCGCUGACAAUGCUCUCCGUAGGAGAGGACCUACGUAAAGCUACCCUAGUACUAAAUAAAAUAGGCCAGGUUCCUCACAGAAGGUAGUACAUCCAUGACAUUUUUCUUUAUAACUUUCCACGUUUCUUCACAGGGAUCCUGAUGGUACGAGCGAAUCCCGUCUCCCUACGGGGCCGUAUGAAAGAGAUUGCACCGCAGAAGAAUUAACUGAAGCCGCCGACAGGAUAGCGAAUGCGAAGUGGCGGGCAACCCGUGAUGUGAUUAUUUUAUGACUUCAAAAUUGUUGAGUCUCGUAGUUAUGUACAUCAAGUUCUGCGGUCGGGGAUCCAUGUCAUCUGGUUACUACAUGGCUCUUUGCUAUUUGAUGAUGUUGAAGGAACACUACCAAUUUUUAGUGGUCGUUUCUUCGCUGUCGUGAUUUUCUAAUUCACUCUCUCUGCUUAGGCUUUGGCAUCCUCGCUGUGGUAUUUGGGAGUACCUGGAUCGUUUCCUGUUGCAAAAAAAAGGGAAAGUGUGGCUAUGGGUGCAAUUUUUUAUCCUCGAAUAUGUUUCGUGCAGCUUUUUGUUUUUGACUGCAUGUGAUCAUGGACAUAGUUAGAUUCACGAGAUGUGCCAGAAGCAGGGCAAAAGCUUGCAUUCUUGCCAGUGCCGCAGCUAGGAAUCUAAGUACGACUUGAUUACGUUUUGCUAUCGUUGCCUUGUCAAAAGCAAAUAGCUCUUCUAAUCAGAAGGACAAAAGGAUACGGGAAAGUACGGCCUAGCUUCUGUGUCGUCCACAGAGGAUGAAGACGAGGACCUCGAGAAAGGCGAGAUAAACGGUUCAAAUGAAGAUUGUGAUGAGACGGAGAAGCGUGCAAUGCUUUUAAGAGAAAAGCAGAACCAAAAAGAUCACAUCACUGGUUCAGCGAUCGCCAACGGUAUGGAAUACGGAACGCAAGAUGGCCCUAUGUUGGCAUACAUGAAGCAGUUCCGAGGAACCAAAGAACAAGAAGUUCCUGACCAUCCUGGUCCUUAUUCUACAUCUACGGGCGAGCAGAAUAAUCAACACAUCACUCACACCUUCGGACCGAAGUUUUGAAGUUUGACUGCGUAUGUCUUCCGUACACCUACACGGAAGUUCUCGCCAGCAUUAAGCUCAAGCUGCAUAUUUGACUAAGCAGACUACGACCGCAGCCGGACUACGGCAAAUUUCAAGGCCGCUUGGCGAAACAAUAAUGGGUUCGGUGUGCUUUUUACUCAUGAGUCUACAUUGCUACGGUCCUCACAUUGCUUUGAGGUCCUGUAAAAAAUCUGGUGAUGCUGGGGAACAACACGCUAUCCAAAAAAUACUGUCGAAAUUGGUGUUUGAUUGCUGUAUUAAAGGAAGCAAAAAAAUGCAAAAGAAGUUGGUAAUUGAUUAAUGUACUUGUACAACCAGACCUGUACAACUUAUCAAUGAGUUGCAGAUCAAUACGAAUUCGCUCUCUUUUCUAUGAUAUUCAAGCUUUGUCUUUGGGCACUUGCUCAUCCUUGUUGGAGACAAGGCAAAAUGCAACGUAGACCAAUAUUAUAAUGGGAGUGAUUCACAAAUUGUAAACGCAAGAACUGCAAAUUAAUAAGACUACUUACUCCCCAAAAUACUUACUAGCUGGAGCGAGAAGAUAUUAUCUACCUACCAAUGUUGUUUUCAUUGAGAUUCAGCUGCAACUACUUGCUGUAGUUGUGAAGUUGUUUCUGGCGACCAGACGCUCCACUUUCAGGAUGUUUAUCUCGCCAGUGGUAGAGAAUGACUACCAGCAGAGACGCACAAUGAUAAUGAAAGUCCUUAGGAGCAAGUGCCACUACGUUUGUCUUUAUUAUGCUCACGAUGUGAUGGCUCAAAGUAUAAUUCUUCGAGAUCCUCUUUCUUGGUGAGGGAUAAUCCUCCGCGCAGUAUUUUUCCACACGCAUGAACUUGAUGAGCUUCUCGAUAUUGAGGAACUUGUUGAGAAAAGUCAUAGUUGUUUUCUUAUCUUUUGCAUCGACCACGUGCGAGCAGGUGCAAGACUGUGUGUCAUUAUUGGGAACAAGGUUGAAAAGCAU